AUGGAGCCCCAGCCGCGAAGUUUCAACGGAGUGGACGAGUCUCAGCUGCAUCUCGUGCGGCACGACACGUGCAAGCUGGAGAAGGUGGGGGGGCGAGGGGGGGACGACUACGGUGCGUGGAGCCUCUGCACCAAUCACGUGCGGCCAGGUGGCGUCGUGUACUCGUUUGGCAUCGGCGCUGACGUGUCCUUUGACAACGGGAUGGUCAACCGCGGGCAUAAGGUGUUCGGAUUCGACCCCACAGUUCCCCCCGAGCGCGUGCAAGCCAUGUUCAAGGACCACCACAGUCGCGAUCAGCCGGCCGCCUUCCAGUUCCGUCAACUCGGCCUGGCCGGCACGGACGGCAUCGUCACCUUCUUCCACUCCAAGAACCCGCGCGUGCAGUCCAUGACGGCCGUCAAACCAGAAAAACUUGCCGGCCGGUUCGAAAGCCAGGGGAUGCCGGCGCCGGUGCUGCGAUUGCCAACGUUUAUGUGCGGGAACGGGCACGGAUUCGUGGAUGUGUUGAAAAUGGACGUGGAGGGGGUGGAGUUCGACGUGUGCGACGCGUGGCUUCGCAUGAAAACGCCACUGCCGUUCGGUCAGAUCUUGAUUGAGUUUCACGAUCGCAUGGUGAUGGAUGCGAAGGCGCGCAAGGGUGCGUGCCUGCGCGCGCUGCAGCGGAACGGGUUUGUGGAGGUCAAAACUGCUGCUGCUCGGCUGUUGAUGUGCAUGCAUUACAGAAAGUAUCACAACUGGCUCUCAUCCCCACUUCCCUCAUCCCGCCUCCCCACUUCCCUCAUCCCUCCUCCCCACUUCCCUCAUCCCUCCUCCCCACUUCCCUCAUCCCUCCUCCCCACUUCCCUCAUCCCUCCUCCCCACUUCCCUCAUCCCUCCUCCCCACUUCCCUCAUCCCUCCUCCCCACUUCCCUCAUCCCUCCUCCCCACUUCCCUCAUCCCUCCUCCCCACUUCCCUCAUCCCUCCUCCCCACUUCCCUCAUCCCUCCUCCCCACUUCCCUCAUCCCUCCUCCCCACUUCCCUCAUCCCUCCUCCCCACUUCCCUCAUCCCUCCUCCCCACUUCCCUCAUCCCUCCUCCCCACUUCCCUCAUCCCUCCUCCCCACUUCCCUCAUCCCUCCUCCCCACUUCCCUCAUCCCUCCUCCCCACUUCCCUCAUCCCUCCUCCCCACUUCCCUCAUCCCUCCUCCCCACUUCCCUCAUCCCUCCUCCCCACUUCCCUCAUCCCUCCUCCCCACUUCCCUCAUCCCUCCUCCCCACUUCCCUCAUCCCUCCUCCCCACUUCCCUCAUCCCUCCUCCCCACUUCCCUCAUCCCUCCUCCCCACUUCCCUCAUCCCUCCUCCCACUUCCCUCAUCCCUCCUCCCCACUUCCCUCAUCCCUCCUCCCCACUUCCCUCAUCCCUCCUCCCCACUUCCCUCAUCCCUCCUCCCCACUUCCCUCAUCCCUCCUCCCCACUUCCCUCAUCCCUCCUCCCCACUUCCCUCAUCCCUCCUCCCCACUUCCCUCAUCCCUCCUCCCCACUUCCCUCAUCCCUCCUCCCCACUUCCCUCAUCCCUCCUCCCCACUUCCCUCAUCCCUCCUCCCCACUUCCCUCAUCCCUCCUCCCCACUUCCCUCAUCCCUCCUCCCCACUUCCCUCAUCCCUCCUCCCCACUUCCCUCAUCCCUCCUCCCCACUUCCCUCAUCCCUCCUCCCCACUUCCCUCAUCCCUCCUCCCCACUUCCCUCAUCCCUCCUCCCCACUUCCCUCAUCCCUCCUCCCCACUUCCCUCAUCCCUCCUCCCCACUUCCCUCAUCCCUCCUCCCCACUUCCCUCAUCCCUCCUCCCCACUUCCCUCAUCCCUCCUCCCCACUUCCCUCAUCCCUCCUCCCCACUUCCCUCAUCCCUCCUCCCCACUUCCCUCAUCCCUCCUCCCCACUUCCCUCAUCCCUCCUCCCCACUUCCCUCAUCCCUCCUCCCCACUUCCCUCAUCCCUCCUCCCCACUUCCCUCAUCCCUCCUCCCCACUUCCCUCAUCCCUCCUCCCCACUUCCCUCAUCCCUCCUCCCCACUUCCCUCAUCCCUCCUCCCCACUUCCCUCAUCCCUCCUCCCCACUUCCCUCAUCCCUCCUCCCCACUUCCCUCAUCCCUCCUCCCCACUUCCCUCAUCCCUCCUCCCCACUUCCCUCAUCCCUCCUCCCCACUUCCCUCAUCCCUCCUCCCCACUUCCCUCAUCCCUCCUCCCACUUCCCUCAUCCCUCCUCCCCACUUCCCUCAUCCCUCCUCCCCACUUCCCUCAUCCCUCCUCCCCACUUCCCUCAUCCCUCCUCCCCACUUCCCUCAUCCCUCCUCCCCACUUCCCUCAUCCCUCCUCCCACUUCCCUCAUCCCUCCUCCCCACUUCCCUCGUCCCUCCUCCCCGCUUCCUUCACUCGCCCCUCCCCCUCACCACUCCCCUCAUCCCUCCCCGCUACCACUCCCCUCAUCCCUCCUCCCCAAUUCCACGCAUCCCUCCUCCUCCUCACUUCCUCACACGGACGCACAACAACUACUUAAUCGCCCAGCCCUCCUUCGCCCUCGCCCCUUCCCAUCCCAUUCCACACAGCCGUGCACACACCACCACCACAGGCACGUGCACACACCACCACCACAGGCACGUGCACACACCACCACCACAGGCACGUGCACACACCACCACCACAGGCACGUGCACACACCACCACCACAGGCACGUGCACACACCACCACCACAGGCACGUGCACACACCACCACCACAGGCACGUGCACACACCACCACCACAGGCACGUGCACACACCACCACCACAGGCACGUGCACACACCACCACCACAGGCACGUGCACACACCACCACCACAGGCACGUGCACACACCACCACCACAGGCACGUGCACACACCACCACCACAGGCACGUGCACACACCACCACCACAGGCACGUGCACACACCACCACCACAGGCACGUGCACACACCACCACCACAGGCACGUGCACACACCACCACCACAGGCACGUGCACACACCACCACCACAGGCACGUGCACACACCACCACCACAGCACACACGCGCGGACAACACCGCUGCCCGUCACCUACUCGUCUAGGGUCGCCGGACGGGUGCGGAUAAAUAUAAUUCGAGUCCCCGCCUCCGCUCUUGCUCCCCUCCCCGGACUUCUCCGUUACGUCUUUAAUCGCCUCUGA